GUGAGCGUUUUCAGCAUGGACCGCCCAGAUGAAGGGCCGCCAGCCAAGGCUCUCCGCUUAAGCGAUCCCGAAUCCCCUCCGAGCGACACACAGCCGCCGCCGCCGCCGCUCCUACGGCUGCCCCUGCCUCCACCUCAGCAGCGCCCGAGGCCCCGUGAAGAAACCGAAGCAGCACAGGUGCUGGCCGACAUGAGGGGGGUGGGCUUGGGCUUGGGCCCUGCUCUGCCUCCCCCGCCGCCCUAUGUCAUUCUGGAGGAGGGGGGCAUCCGCGCGUACUUCACCCUGGGUGCUGAGGGUUCCGACUGGGAGCCAGGGUUCGAAUCUGGGUUCGGGGAUCCUGCCCCCCCUCCGGGGAACCUGGAAGCACUCACUGCUGAGGAUGCUUCUGCGGGAAGCGUGGAAAUUGAUUUUCAGGUCGUGGAACCCAGCAGCUUUUCUGAGGAGAAGGCCCUAGAAACCUGUAGCGCAGGGGGGUGGGAGCCCCAGAUGUUAGCCACCUCCCAGGGGGGAGAAGAGGCUGUCAUUUUAGUAGAAGACGAUGAUGAGGAUGAAAAGGAAAGUGUGAAGAAGAAGAGGAGGAGGAGGAGACGGAGACGGCAGAGGAAGGUGAAGAGGGGAAUCAAAGAGGUGGAUGCUGAGAAGAUAGAGUGUGUCCUACACGCACUGGAGAAUGUUCAGCUGGACCUGGAGGCGGUAAACAUCAAGGCAGGCAAGGCCUUCCUCCGUCUCAAGCGCAAAUUCAUCCAAUUGCGAAGGCCCUAUCUGGAGCAAAGAGAUCUCAUCAUCCAGGACAUCCCAGGUUUCUGGAUCAAAGCAUUCCUCAACCACCCCAGAAUUUCAAUGCUGAUAAAUCAACGUGAUAAAGACAUCUUCCGCUACUUGACCAACCUGCAGGUUCAGGAUCUCAGACAUAUCUCCAUGGGCUACAAAAUGAAGCUGUACUUCCAGACAAACCCCUACUUCACAAACACGGUGAUUGUUAAGGAGUUCCAGCGCAGCUGCUCAGGGCGUCUGGUGUCUCAUUCCACCCCAAUACGCUGGCACCGAGGUCAAGAACCCCAGGACCAGGAACCCCAGGGCCGCAAGAUGAAGAAUCAGCAAGUCAAACGCAGCUUCUUUAGCUGGUUCUCAAACCACAGCCUCCCAGAGACUGACAUCAUUGCUGAUAUUAUCAAGAAUGACCUGUGGGUUAACCCUCUGCGCUAUUACAUGAUGGGAGAAGGAGGCUACAGGGCAAACAAAAAGAAGCAAGAAAAGAGGAAAAGGAAAAACAGGAACGGAUACAAGGUGGUGAUCUUAGAAGACUAUGAUGACUAUCACAUAGUAAAAGACGUUAUUGAUGACACUUCAGACAGUGAUUUUUCUGACUUUGAGUACUUUCAUGGUAUCAGAAUCUCCGAUUUCAUGGAGACCACUGAUUGCUUUGAUACCACUGACAGUGAUAUAACUGAAGAGAACCUAUGUGACCACAAUGAGAACCACAAGAUAGAGGCCGCCGAUGAUGAUGACAACCCCAAAGACAAUCAAAUCAUUGAUAACGAGAGCUUUGAUGAUGAGACCACUGAUGAAGAGGGUCCUGGUAACAACAGUGAAAACUCUGAUUAUAACAAAGAGAAUCCUGACAUAUCUGGCAGCAGUGAUGAUGACAGCCACCACAUUGGUUAUAAGAAACCCAAAGGGGGCAACCUGAAUAGCAGUGGCAGCAACCAGGACAGCAGCGAAAGUGCAAUUGAGUUCAGUGAUAAUGACAGUAGUGAAGGCAGUGAUGAUGAUGAUGGCAAUGAAGGUGAUGAUGAAAGCAGUGGUGAUGAUGAUGACAAAGACUUUGAAGAUUCAGAGAAUGACAGUGAAUAUUUUGCCAAGAAUCAGGCUAACCGCAACAACCAGAAUGAUGAUGAGGAUAAGGUAGAGAACUUCCUGGAAUCCUCUGUGGAAGAAGAGGAGCCUGACACUGAGGAAGGCAGCAAGCAAGAAGAUGAGGAAAACAGUGAAGAGGAAAGAAGCUGUGAGGAGGAUGUAUUUAAAGAGAUAGAGCGAGAGGAUGACAUAGUAGCAUCUGAUAUGCAGGAGGUGCUUCUGGUCCAAAACACCUGGGUGGGCCCAGGAAAGAACAGCGGCAGAACCGUAUAAACAGUUUGAGAUUACUCCUAUGGGAGUGAGGAGUCUCUCUGCAUCCCACUCCACCUGCCCCAUCUGCCCACUCCUUCUGCUUGGGUCACAGCGGCCCCAUAUUGCACUUCUGGGGGAUCAGCCGACUUCAUACACGGAUUUAAAGUUUAUUUUUAUGGUUUAGUAAUUGCAAAGUUCUUAAUUUGGAGGGGAGGGAAAGGGGGAGGGCCCUCUUCCAUUUGGCCCUCCUACCCUGCAGGCUUCUGUGUGCUGCUAAACGUGUAUAUAUUGUGUUGCCUUGAUCAGGGCCCCUUUAUCCCCCCUCCUCGUGCUGUAUUGAGUGGACACCCUUGAUCCCCAAUCGGGGAGGGCCAUUGUGGCCUUGGGGGGCUCUGUACUCACCCUGUUCUCCCAAGUCCUUAUCCUCUCCAUCUCUUGCCUUUUCUUGCUGUGCCAGCUAGCCUGCCUCUGUGUCUAUGCAAGGUUUUCCCCCAUUGCGGUACUCUUAUUCCCCUCCCCCAGAAGACCCUCCUCAUUCCCUUGAACCCCAUUAAUCCUAAUAAAAAUCAGAGCAAAUU